AUCCGGACUGUCCCUAAAUUCUUGUAGAGCAGAGACUUUUGAUUGAUCUAAAAAUUGGCAUCUCACGCUCUUUCUCUCUUUUUCCUAUUUCUCUCUCUCUCCAUAUUACACUCGUAUUAAUUAAGCAAAUGAAAUCUUAUUACUUCGGUUAACAAGGGGGAAAUCUUGGUUCCACCAUUUCUUGGUACUCUCUCUCUUAAAAGCGAGUAGGAGAGCAAAAACAGAGAGGAGAGGAUGAAGAUGGACAUGAAAGCAGAGACGUUGACGCUGGUAUUGGUCAAUCUGGCUGGGAUCAUGGAGAGGGCCGAUGAGUCUCUGCUUCCUGGAGUCUACAAGGAAGUCGGCUUGGCUCUCCACACCGACCCAACUGGCCUUGGCUCCCUCACUCUCUACAGAUCCAUAGUACAGUCGGCUUGCUACCCACUCGCCGUCUACCUCUCUGUCCGUCACAACCGUGCCCACGUCAUCGCCCUCGGCGCUUUCCUCUGGGCCGCCGCCACUUUCCUCGUCGGCAUUUCCUCCACUUUCUUUCAGGUGGCUAUUUCAAGAGGUUUGAAUGGAAUAGGACUUGCCAUAGUCACACCAGCCAUUCAGUCCCUAGUUGCAGACUCAACUGAUGAGACCAACCGUGGUAUGGCUUUUGGAUGGCUACAAUUAACCGGAAACUUUGGUUCAAUCAUUGGUGGGCUUAGUGCAGUGCUGAUAGCCUCAACAUCAUUCAUGGGUAUUCCAGGUUGGAGAAUAGCUUUCCAUCUGGUUGGACUAAUUAGUGUUAUAGUUGGUGUUUUGGUUCGCCUCUUUGCCAAUGAUCCCCGCUUUUCUGAUAGUGAUGCUAAAGCUCAAAUUCCACGUAAACCCUUCUUGUCUGAACUGAUGGACCUGGUUAAAGAAGCAAAAUCAGUAAUAAAAAUACCGUCUUUCCAAAUAAUUGUGGCCCAAGGUAUCGCAGGAUCAUUUCCUGGGUCAGCUUUGUCAUUUGCUCCUAUGUGGUUAGAGCUCAUUGGUUUCUCCCACAAGAAAGUGGCAUUACUUUGGACCCUUUUCGUUAUGGCUGGCUCACUUGGUGGUCUGUUUGGAGGAAGGAUGGGGGAUAUCCUUGCCCAACGCUUUCCAAAUUCUGGGAGAAUAAUUCUUGCACAGAUUAGCUCCAUUUCAGCUGUCCCUCUAGCUGCAAUACUGCUGUUAGUAUUGCCUGAUGAUCCUUCCACGACAUUUAUGCAUGCUUUGGUCUUGUUUAUCAUGGGAUUCUACACAUCCUGGAAUGCUCCAGCUGCAAACAAUCCAAUAUUUGCAGAGAUAGUUCCUGAGAGAUCUCGAACGAGCAUCUAUGCCUUGGAUCGAUCUUUUGAGUCCAUACUAGCUUCAUUUGCUCCGCCUGUAGUUGGGGUUCUGGCACAGCAUGUUUUUGGUUACAAACCAAUUAAAAAAGGAUCAACAGACUCGGAAGAAAUUGAAACGGAUAGAGAGAAUGCUGCAGCACUUGCCAAGGCACUUUACGUAGCAAUUGCCAUUCCUUUUGCGGUAUGUUGCCUCAUAUACUCCUUCCUCCACUGUAGUUAUCCAAGAGACAGAGAGCGGGCAAGAAUGCAUGCUUUAAUAGAGUCAGAUACUCAACUGGUUGAAAAUCCUGCUCCAGGAGAAGAAUACUCUCAACUUCAUGUUUCAGGAUCUGAUAAGCUACAGGAAAAGGAAAUAAGUGUGACUGAAAUGGAUUAUGAAGCUAAGGAAACCCUUGAUUUUGAUGAGAAUGAUAAGAAGAGAUUGCUUUCCCACGAGAUGGCUCUUUCAGAUUCUAGAUAGCAAAUAAACAUGAUUGAUGGAAAGCUGGUUCACACAAGUUGGACGAGCACUAAACCAUUUUCAUUCAAAUUACAUUCACCAACAUUGUUUCCCCAAACUUGGUAUGUGCUUGCAAGAUCCCCUUCCAAGUCUAUAUUCAUAUGUUGUUUGCGUCUUGUUACCUUUUAUUUACUCACGCUGUCUAAGAAGCAAGCAAGACGUUAUUUUAUUGUUAUUAUUAUUGUUGUCAUUAUUUAUUAUUAUCUAUUAUAUUUUUUUCUAGACCUCUGUUUCACUAUUAUGAAGUUCAAAAACAUCCUAUGAUAUAAAUCAUUUGAGAGUUUCAUUAGUUA